UUGUCCCCGCUUCAGUUACUGAUUCCUCUGGAUUCUGAUUUGUUUCUCUCUGAUAUUUGAGCAAUUUACAAUGUGGAUUUGAAUUUACUUUUUCCUUUUUUUUUGUUUUUUAAAUUUGUCCUAUCUGUGGUUGCGUGUGGUUCAUGAUUAUGGGUGAAACAGUGAGAAAUGGACUUUCGAAUUUAAUUUUCUGGAUUUAUAAUGAAGAAUUCCAGCUCGUUGAGGUUGAUGAUCUGAAUGGCUUGUUUUUGCCAAGACUUGAGGAUAUACUCGAAUCUAAGGCUGAAUUAUAGCUCGAGGUAAUUAAUUCAAUUGGGAAGUUCCAAGUUUGUAAUUCCUUUCCUUGAUGGGGCUAGUAGUGAUGAUGAUGGUGUCGAGGAAAGUAAUACCAUUGGCAUAUAGGAUGGAGGUUAAAUCCAUGAGAGUAUAAGAAAGAUUUGUCUCUCAAUGCUUUGGCUGCCAUUUUUCUAAAUUCUGGUGCAUUUAAAUCAGAUGGGUUGAAGAUAUCUGAGUGCUUGCUAGUAAAGUAGCUUAGGAUGGCUAUUGCUGGUCUGCACAAUGUAUCUGUACUCGAGUCUUCUUUCCUGAGGGAUUCCCAUUCCCAGUCAUCCAGCAGGCGGGGAGAUGGAAGGAGGGGAGGAACUCGGUCAUCCGCACUCUUGCAAAUGUGGCAAGAGCUUGAAGAUGAACAUGCAGUGAAUCAGGUUCAAGGAAGGCCUGGUGAAGUACUACUUGAACAAAGGAGUGAUGGGUUGAUUUCUGACCUCUCACAGGCAGAUUCUCCAGGUAGCCAUGAGAGAGGACAGGAUCGAAUGCUAGACGACGCAGUUUUGGGCGACACUGAAUCUGAAACAUGGUCACAGUCACAAAGUCAGAAUGAAUCCCAUUACGAUCAUGAGGAUUUAAACAACUCCAGCUGUGAAAACUCCUCUGAUUUGGGAGAGCUGGGGAUCAUGGAUCAAACAUUUCCCGGAGAAAUAACAGUUCAAGGGGAGAAUGGCUUGGUGAAACUGAGCAGGAAAGGGUGAGAAUAAUAAGGGAGUGGGUACAAAUGAGUAGCCAGCACAGAGGUGUUUCUUCUGGGGAAACCAGGGAAGAGCAAUCUGCUGAAAUUGGUACACAAAUUGAACGUGUUCGUGACGGCUUUGUUGUUAACCAGGGUGAGGGCCAGACUGAACAUUUUCGUAGGGGCAUCCGUAAAUUAUGCGGACGACAGGUUAUGCUUGAUAUGCUGAAGAAGGCUGAGAUGCAAAGGCAAAGAGAAAUUCAAGAGUUGUUGAACCAUCGGGCAGUAUCUCAUUUCCCUCAUCGUAAUCGCAUUCAGGCAUUGCUUAGAGGCUGGUUCUUGAGAAAUGAUAGAUCUGUUGAUAAUAACAGGUCCACUUCUGUUGCUGAAAGUGAACUAGGUUUAUUGAGGCAAAGACAAACUGUAUCAGAACUAAGGGAAGGAUUCUUCUCCAGAAAGGAUAAAACUGGUUGCAGUCAAGCAACUGGCAACGUAUCUGAUAUGUCACCUAACAGUGAUAUUGAAUUUAAUACGAUUGAACAAAUCGGUGCUAGCAAUUCACAUGUGGUCCCCACUCUGAAUUCUGAACGGUCUGAAUCUAAUACCAGAAGAAAUGAUGGACUUGAGAUGUUGGGGGGCCAGAAUUGUUUGCAGGAAACAAUGUCUGACAAUCCAGAUCAACAAGAUACUACUGGUCAUGUAGAAGGAGCUCAGUUACAGAAUUUGCAAUUUGAACCAGUAAAUCAGCUAUCAUCCAGUGUGGCCGUUGAAAGAAGAGAUAGCACUGGGCAAAAUGUUGAUGUGAACCAUGUGAUGCCAGUUGAGGAUACUGCUAGUGAUCAUGUGCAGCAAAGUUUGCAAACUGAAAAUCCAUUUCAGAGUGCUAUGCAGGAAUUCACUGAGGCAUACAAUGAUCAACUUCGAUCGGGUGAUAUAAGUAAUGGUGUAAAUGACUCAUCAAACCCCAACCACCCCAUGGAGGAAAAUAUUGUUGAUAUGAAUCGGAAUGAACCCGCUGCUCUGGUAGGAGAACAGCUGGAAGAAGAUAUUGAAAAUGAAGGAAGUGUCUGGAAUCAGAGUAACCGUGAAUGGAGAAAUAGCACGGAGGAAGGUGUAGAUGAUAAUCAAGUGAGCAGUACAUCAAUGCAGUGGCCUGAAAAUGAAUUUGGAGAUGAGGAUGGAGAAAACUCUCGGCUGCAAGAAGGUCCUGAAGUCUGGCAAGAGGAUGGUGGCUUCCAAGAGGCUGUAGAAAAUUGGUUGGGGGCUCCUUCUGAUCUUGAAAGUGCUCCAGUCGGUAGGAUUCAUGGAUUUUACUUUCCAGACGACGACAAUGUAUAUAGUGUUGAACUCAGGGAACUGCUUAAUAGGAGAAGUGUCUCCAACCUCCUCCGUAGCAGUUUCCGCGAUAGUCUUGACCAGUUGAUACAAUCAUAUGUUGCAAGGCAAGGCCAUAAUCAGAUGGAGUGGGAGCUACAAGAAACAACCCCGUCUUCUGCCUCUGUGGAACAGGACCUUGAACAGCAGAGUAGGGAUCAGAUUGUUGGUCAGGAGGGUACUGUUAAUAGUCCACAUGACCUACCUUCUUUACCUAUUCCUCCUCCUUUGCCUCUUUGGGACCGGCACCCUCGCCGUGACAGCUGGUCACAGUCGCAGAGUGACAUGAAUAAUCAGCAUCUAGGAGGAAUUGAUUGGGAGGUUGUCAAUGACUUGAGAAUUGACAUGUCUAGACUGCAGCAAAGGAUGAACAAUAUGCAAAGAAUGCUGGAGGCUUGUAUGGAUAUGCAGCUGGAGUUGCAGCGUUCAAUAAGGCAAGAAGUUUCUGCUGCCCUAAAUCGUUCGACUGGUUCAUCAGGAACAAAUGAGUUCGAGUCAUCAGAUGAAUCCAAAUGGGAAUGUGUGAGGAAAGGGCUUUGCUGUAUAUGCUGUGAAAGCAAUAUUGAUUCUUUGUUGUACAGAUGUGGGCACUUGUGUACAUGUUCUAAAUGUGCCAAUGAGUUGCUUCAAAGUAAAAGGAAGUGCCCGAUGUGUCAAGCCCCCGUGGUGGAGGUUAUACGUGCUUAUUCUAUACUAUAGAUUGACAUAAAUAAAGACCACACUCUUAACAAAAUACAGGUUUCUAACAAGUUUUAUCUCCUGGAAGUUUUCCAGUUACUCUAUUUUUUAUUUUUUAGUUUUUUCCUUCUGGUUUAAUACCAUGUUACUGUAUUUAAUUUAUGUUGAGUGCACCAAUGGAACACAUGAUGGCAAAUUUUUGGUGGCCAUGAUUCUGAUAUCAUUAUAAAUAUAAAUAAAAAUUAUGUUUUGUUUCUGAA